AUGGUCUUCGGCAUCAUCCCCGACCGCGAGUACCACGAGCGCUUCAUGCGCGAAGCAAUCAACAUGGCCGAAUUCGCCCUGAAAUCCGACGAGACGCCCGUCGGCUGUGUCUUCGUGCACAAAGGCGAAGUCAUCGGCCGAGGAAUCAACGGCACGAAUGCCUCUCUCAACGUAAACCCCCUCACCUUCACCUUCAAAACUCUUCCGCUCCUCCUCCUCCUGCUACUCCUACGCCUGCUGACGCUCCCCCCCCCCCCCCCACAGGGAACCCGACACGCCGAAUUCGUCGCCCUCGCCGAAAUCAUGGCCAAACACCCUCAGACCGUCAUCCGCGAAACGGACCUCUACGUGACCGUCGAGCCCUGCAUCAUGUGUGCCUCGGCGCUGCGGCAAUACGGAAUCCGAGCGGUCUACUUUGGUUGUCUGAAUGAUCGCUUCGGGGGCUGUGGGGGCGUCAUGAACAUCCACGCGGAUCCAGGGGUCGACCGGUCGUACCCCGUCUACGGCGGGCUCUUCCGCGAGGAAGCCAUCAUGCUGUUGCGGAGAUUCUACGUGCAGGAGAAUGAGAAAGGUGAGUUUUUCUUUUUUUUUUUUUUUUUAAAAAAAAAAGCCCAAAUAUGACGGUGUUGCUUUUUCCUUUCCUUUCCCAAUCAAUCAAUCAACGCUGCUAAUAUGUGACCGAUUUUCCUUACUCUAGCGCCGGAUCCGAAACCCAAGAAGAACAGAGAACUCAAGACGGAGAUUCUGCCCGUCACCGUCACGCCCGUACCCCAGACGCAGCCGAGCAACUCCGUCGCAUCGUCGCAAGCUGCCGCUACUACCUCAGCAAUCGCUACGCCAGUCCUAGGCGCUCAGACUGUCAAAGUCAACAACAAGUGA